UGGGGUCAAGGGGGUCGAAGGUCAGCGGUCAAAAGCGAGAUUCCUUAGGUGGAAGCUCGGCGGCCCCCGGCAGCCCUCAGCGGCCGGCCGCCAACGGGCGGUUCGAAGCCGACUGUGGACCGCGAGGCAAACAGACUCCAUUUCGCCUCCCCGUCCUCAAUCCCGCCCCUCUCGUCUAGGCGGGGUCUCCCGUAGCGACGCGCUGCGAAAUGCGGCUGCGCAGAGGUGACGGAGCGCGGGCGAGGGGGAGGGGGUGUUUUGGUUCUUGCCGCUCGCCGUCUUCCCCGGACCGACAUCUCCGUCGGAAACCUCCUGCUUCCUACCUUCCCCUUUCCCUUUCCCCUUCCCUCCCCCGACCCCGAUCCUCCCUCCCUCCUUCCUUCCCUUCCAUCUGCCUUUCGUUCUUUUACCGACACCUCCGGAUCCGGAUCAUUUUCCGGGCCGGGCGCCUUCAAGCGCGCGGCCCCGGGGCCCAGUGCAUGACCCGCCGUCCGGCUACCCCUUACAUCUCCCGCCCCAUGUGGCUGCGGGGUCGCGGCGGCGCUGCCCACUAUGGCCCGGAAAGCAGUUAGCAGGAAACGGAAAGCGCCUGCCUCUCCAGGAGCUGGGAGCGACGCUCAGGGUCCGCAGUUUGGCUGGGAUCACUCCCUUCACAAAAGGAAAAGACUCCCCCCAGUGAAGAGAUCCUUAGUAUACUACUUGAAGAACCGGGAAGUCAGGCUACAGAAUGAAACCAACUAUUCUCGAGUGUUGCAUGGUUAUGCAGCACAGCAGCUUCCCAGUCUACUGAAGGAGAGAGAGUUUCAUCUUGGGACCCUUAAUAAAGUGUUUGCUUCUCAGUGGUUGAAUCAUAGGCAAGUGGUGUGUGGCACAAAAUGCAAUACGCUAUUUGUAGUAGAUGUUCAGACAAGCCAGAUCACCAAGAUCCCCAUUCUGAAAGACCGGGAACCUGGAGGUGUGACCCAGCAGGGCUGUGGUAUCCAUGCAAUUGAGCUGAAUCCUUCAAGGACAUUGCUAGCCACUGGAGGAGACAACCCUAACAGUCUUGCCAUCUAUCGACUGCCUACACUAGAUCCUGUUUGUGUGGGUGAUGAUGGACACAAGGAUUGGAUCUUUUCUAUCGCAUGGAUCAAUGAUACCAUGGCAGUGUCUGGUUCACGUGAUGGUUCUAUGGGACUCUGGGAAGUGACAGAUGAUGUAUUGACCAAAAGUGAUGCAAGGCACAAUAUGUCACGGGUCCCUGUGUAUGCCCAUAUUACUCACAAGGUCUUAAAGGACAUCCCUAAAGAGAACACAAACCCUGACAACUGCAAAGUUCGGGCUUUGGCCUUUAACAGCAAGAACAAGGAACUAGGAGCAGUAUCUCUGGAUGGCUACUUUCAUCUCUGGAAGGCUGAAAAUACAUUGUCUAAGCUCCUAUCCACCAAACUUCCAUAUUGCCGUGAGAAUGUGUGUCUGGCCUAUGGUAGUGAAUGGUCAGUGUAUGCAGUGGGCUCUCAAGCUCAUGUCUCCUUCUUGGAUCCACGGCAGCCAUCAUACAGUGUCAAGUCUGUCUGUUCCAGGGAGCGAGGCAGUGGGAUCCGGUCAGUGAGCUUCUACGAGCACAUCAUCACUGUGGGCACAGGGCAGGGCUCCCUGCUCUUCUAUGACAUCCGAGCUCAGAGGUUUCUGGAAGAGAGGUUCUCAGCAUGUUAUGGAUCCAAGCCCAGACUAGCAGGGGAAAAUCUGAAACUAACCACUGGCAAGGGUUGGCUGAAUCAUGAUGAAACCUGGAGGAAUUACUUCUCAGAUAUUGAUUUCUUCCCCAAUGCUGUUUACACCCACUGCUACGACUCGUCUGGAACGAAACUCUUUGUGGCAGGAGGCCCCCUCCCUUCAGGGCUCCAUGGAAACUAUGCUGGACUCUGGAGUUAAUGACAGCUAACUUUCUCCCAAAAUGCAGUUACACUAACUUCCACCUUCUGUUUCUUUGGUUCUUUCAAUUUAUUUUUCCAAUUGUGGAAGCUCUCCUAUUUUAGUGGGAACACCAGUUUACCUGUGGUCUAGGCACUUCAUAGGAAGAAGCUCUGAAAAGAAAUCCAAAGGGUGUUUUUGUUGUUGUUGUAUUGCUUUUUUCUCCUAUAAUCGGAAUUUUCUUUUUCCUUUUUUCUUUUCUUUCUGGCUUCUCAACCAAACAUUGUUGCAAAUUCCUAUUUGUAUUAUUUCUUUAAGUGACACAUACUCCCCUGGCUUCUUGAGGCUGAAAUAACAUAGUCAUUCUCAUCCUUACUUCAUUCUUGAGAGGUAGGGCUUCUUUAUAAUUAUGUGGUAUCUGUCAGACUUUCUGUGAAAGUUUGGGAGCCAUGUGAGUAUGCGCGUGUAUGCGUGUGAACCUGUGUACCUGUUGGUACUGUGUGUCACUGAAAUUAUCUGGAGUGAGGAUUACUUGUAAUUAAAAUAUUUAUAAAAGAAACAACUUAUUCACAGAGUCCAGCUUUGGGUUUGGCCUGUAUCUCAUUUUUUUUUUUUUAAGUUUUAACAACAUGAUUGUAGGAAGUGAAAUCAGAAAAAGAAACAAAUCACUGGUAACACCUUUGAGUUAGCUCACAGGCUACUUAGGGCCUUCCAUGCCAGGACCCCAGUCCAGCCCUGCUGUCAUCAUAUCAGGGUACUCCCCAUGUGAGAAUUUAGUGGGUGUGUCCCUUCCAUUUCCCAAGCACCCAUCUGCCUAGCCAGUGGCCACUUGUCUAAAACAUGGGUUUGGCUGCACAGGCUACAGAAGCUUCAUAGGAUUUGGUGAAGAGAAUCCUCUUCCUAAUAUUCCUCUCCCCUCAAGCAAGACCUGGUCUGGCAUUGUGAAACCCUUGGCUUGAAGGAACAACUUUUCCUUUACCAUUCUCCUGAUCUCCCCAUGCAUUUUGCUGUUGUUUGCUAAAUUGGGUUCAGGCCAGGAGGGUGGGAGGGAGCAGGGGAUUUAUCUGUGUGUAGUGAGUGCUUCAUGUGUGGAGUAUUUGUUUUCUCAAUGCAGUGGGGCUUAGGGUUGCAGCCACCUCUCCUACUAUGUUGGCCCAGCCUGGGAUGGUGAUAGAGUAGCCUGGAGCCUGCAUUGAUGUGCAUGUAACAGAUUAGUGAUUUUCCUGUUCCUCCCUUGAACUGUCUGUUUAGUCUGAGGUUUUUAAACUCGCAGGACACUGACUGUGAUGUCCAGUUGUUCCCUGCUUUUUAUGCAUCAUGUUGAAGGUAACAGCUAUUUCCACAGUCUUCCUCUAGGUACAUACAAUGCUUCUGUCGAUAUCCUCCUGGGGAAACGCAGUCAUAUUCCUGCACCCCAGAUUCUUAGUUGCUCUCUCAGUUACACCUCUUCUGAGUGUAUGAGGAGGGUUCCUGCUGGGGGGAGGGGUGCAAACAGCCUACCCAACUUGAGGGCACACAGCAUAUACCACAGGUUCUGGAAUUCUCAUCUUCUAACCUAGAAAAAUAGGUGCUAUAAACAGGGAAUUAAGCAAAAUGCUGGUUGCUAUAAAUCUUUUUGUCUUAAUUUUUUUCUAUUAUUAAACUACAGCCUGUAGAUUUCUUAGUUCUCACAGAACUUCUAUUGUUUUAAACUGACUUGUAUAUUUAAAACAAAAAAAGUCUUUAAGUAGAAUGUUUUGUACUGUUGCCAGACCCUCUUCUAUGAUGGGUAAUGCGUUUGAUUGUUUGAGAUUUUCUGUUUUUAAAAAUGUAGCAAUUUUUUGCCAAGGAAAAAAAUAAAUAAAUAUUAUUCC